AAGAUGGCGGGCGGCUCGGCUCCGCUUCCGCUUCCGGGGCGACCGGCGAGGCCGGGGGGGCAAGAUGGCGGCGGCAGCCGGGGCCCGCGGCCGGUGCGAGCUGUCUCCUUGCUCCGGCCCGGCUUGGUUCCUCAGCCUUUCCGCCUUGCUGAGCGUGGCCGCUCGAGGGGCCUUCGCCACCACGCACUGGGUCGUCACGGAGGACGGGAAGAUCCAGCAGCAGGUGGAUUCACCAAUGAACUUGAAACAUCCCCAUGAUUUAGUCAUUUUAAUGAGACAAGAAACAACAGUUAACUACCUCAAAGAAUUAGAGAAACAGUUAGUUGCUCAAAAAAUUCACAUAGAAGAAAAUGAAGACAGAGAUACAGGACUGGAACAGAGACAUAAUAAAGAGGAUCCAGACUGUAUCAAAGCCAAGGUGCCUUUAGGGGACCUGGAUCUGUAUGAUGGCACAUACAUAACUCUGGAGAGCAAAGAUAUCAGCCCUGAAGAUUAUAUAGACACAGAAUCUCCUGUCCCUCCAGACCCUGAGCAACCUUAUUGCACUAAAAUUCUAGACCUUCCAUAUAGCAUCCAUGCUUUUCAGCACUUAAGAGGUGUACAAGAGAGAGUUAACCUUUCUGCACCUUUACUACCUAAAGAAGAUCCAGUCUUCACAUAUUUAUCUAAACGAUUAGGAAGAAGUAUAGAAGACAUAGGUCACCUCAUCCAUGAAGGCCUGCGGAAGAACUCCUCCUCAUGGGUAUUGUAUAACCUGGCUUCCUUUUACUGGAGAAUAAAGAAUGAGCCAUAUCAGGUAGUGGAAUGUGCCAUGCGAGCGCUCCACUUCUCUUCCAGGCACAAUAAAGACAUUGCCCUGGUCAACCUGGCAAAUGUGCUGCACAGAGCACACUUCUCUGCAGAUGCUGCUGUCGUCGUUCAUGCAGCCCUGGAUGACAGUGACUUCUUCACCAGCUAUUACACGCUGGGGAAUAUAUAUGCUAUGCUCGGAGAAUAUAACCAUUCAGUGCUCUGUUAUGACCAUGCUUUGCAGGCCAAACCUGGGUUUGAACAAGCUAUAAAGAGGAAGCACGCUGUCCUGUGCCAACAAAAACUUGAACAAAAAUUGGAAGCUCAGCAUAGAUCCCUCCAGCGAACAUUGAAUGAGUUGAAAGAAUAUCAAAAACAGCAUGACCACUACCUGAGACAGCAGGAGAUCCUGGAAAAACAUAAGCUGAUUCAAGAGGAACAAAUCUUAAGAAAUAUCAUCCAUGAGACUCAGAUGGCAAAAGAAGCACAAUUAGGAAAUCAUCAGAUAUGCCGCCUGGUCAACCAUCAGCAUAGUUUACAUUGCCAGUGGGACCAGCCUGUGCGCUACCAUCGUGGGGACAUCUUUGAAAAUGUGGACUAUGUUCAGUUUGGUGAAGAUUCUUCAACCUCUAGUAUGAUGUCUGUGAAUUUUGAUGUUCAGAUAAAUCAGACUGAAAUCAGUGAUUCAGUCAAGUCUUCUCCUGUGGCCCAUUCUGUUCUCUGGAUCUGGGGCAGGGACUCUGAUGCAUAUAGGGACAAACAGCAUGUUCUGUGGCCCAAAAGAACAGACUGUGCAGAAAGCUACCCUCGUGUCCCUGUUGAGGGGGAAUUGCCAACUUAUUUUCUGCCUCCGGAAAACAAAGGACUCAGGAUCCACGAGCUCAACAGUGAUGAUUAUUCUUCAGAAGAAGAGGUCCAAACCCCAGACUGUUCCAUAACUGACUUCAGAAAAAGCCAGCCUCUGUCCUACUUAGUCAAAGAAUUAGAGGUCCGCAUGGAUCUGAAAGCCAAAAUACCAGAUGACCAUGCACGAAAAAUUUUGCUUUCCCGUAUUAAUAAUUAUACUGUCCCAGAAGAAGAAAUUGGGUCUUUCCUAUUUCAUGCUAUUAACAAGCCGAAUGCUCCUGUCUGGCUCAUACUCAACGAAGCAGGACUCUACUGGAGAGCAGUAGGAAAUAGCACUUUUGCUAUUGCUUGUCUUCAGAGGGCUUUGAAUUUAACCCCGUUUCAGUACCAAGAUAUUCCUCUUGUCAACUUGGCCAACCUUUUGAUUCACUAUGGCCUUCAUCUUGAUGCCACUACACUGCUGCUACAGGCAUUAGCCAUCAAUAGCUCCGAGCCCCUGACCUUUUUGAGCCUUGGGAAUGCUUACCUUGCUCUGAAGAAUAUCAGUGGGGCACUUGAGGCCUUCAGGCAGGCCCUGAAAUUAACCACCAAGUGCCCAGAUUGUGAGAGCAGCCUGAAGUUGAUCCGCUGUAUGCAGUUUUAUCCUUUUCUCUACAACCUCACCUCAUCCAUUUGCAGUGGUACAGUGGUUGAGGAAGGCAAUGGCUCUGAUGAGAUGGACAAUUCCGAUGAGACAAAGAUGUCUGAAGAGAUCCUGGCUUUGGUGGAUGAAUUUCAACAGGCAUGGCCCCUGGAAGGCUUUGGGGGUGCACUCGACGUGAAAGGGCGGCGUCUGGACUUGCAGGGAAUACGGGUACUGAAGAAAGGUCCCCAGGAUGGGGUGUCCAAGAGCUCUUGCUAUGGAGACUGCCGAAGUGAAGACGAUGAAGCUACAGAAUGGAUCACAUUCCAGGUGAAACGUGUAAAAAAACCCAAAGGAGAUCAUAAGAAAAUUCCAGGGAAAAAGAUAGAAUCAAACCAAGCAGAAAAUACCCCUCGCCACCAGUCAAACCUGGAGAUCACUGGCCCAAAGGUGGCAUCACCCGGACCACAGGGGAAAAAGCGGGAUUACCAGAGUCUGGGGUGGCCCAGCCCCGACGAGUGCCUCAAACUCCGCUGGGUCGAGCUCACUGCCAUCGUGAGCACCUGGCUUGCAGUUUCCUCAAAAAACAUUGACAUCACAGAACACAUAGACUUUGCCACCCCGAUACAGCAGCCAGCGAUGGAGCCUGUCUGCAAUGGCAACCUCCCCACCAGUAUGCACACCCUGGACCAUUUGCAUGGUGUCUCCAACCGAGCCAGCCUGCACUACACGGGGGAGAGUCAGUUAACGGAGGUGUUGCAAAAUCUUGGCAAAGACCAAUAUCCACAACAGUCACUUGAACAAAUUGGGACUCGAAUUGCCAAAGUUUUGGAAAAGAACCAGACAUCCUGGGUGCUUUCCAGCAUGGCCGCCCUCUACUGGCGAGUGAAAGGCCACGGAAAGAAGGCCAUUGACUGCCUCCGCCAGGCCCUCCACUACGCUCCGCACCAGGUGAAGGACGUGCCCCUGGUUAGCCUGGCCAACAUUCUGCACAAUGCCAAGCUCUGGAAUGAUGCCAUCGUAGUAGCCAGCAUGGCCGUGGAGAUCGCACCGCACUUUGCUGUGAACCACUUCACGCUGGGCAAUGUCUACGUAGCAAUGGAGGAGUUUGAAAAAGCACUGGUGUGGUAUGAAUCGACCUUGAAGCUGCAGCCUGAGUUUGUCCCAGCGAAGAACCGAAUCCAGACCAUCCAAUGUCACUUAAUGCUCAAGAAGGGACGACGCUCAACCUAGUUGCACCCCCUUCCCUCCCUCUCUUUUUCUCAUGCUCU